AUGCGCAAUCCACCGCCAGAGGUGAUGGCCUCAUGGCCCCCGCCAAAUUUUGUCAACCCCGUUCAUCGUGGGCCUACACUGCUCAUUGUCGAGGUCACUAUCAUGUCUGUGGCCAUCCUGACACUCAUGGCCCGUUUGUACGUCCGUAUAUUCAAGGUCAACAAGCAUGGGCUCGAUGACUGGCUGAUGCUGGCUGCCAUGGUAAAUAUCCCUCCCAACUCAACCCAACCCCAACCUCGGCUGCAUGUGCAACCGACGAUGAUCAUCUCCAAUGCUGACUUGUGGGACUUGCAGGUGUUUGGUAUUGGUGUCACUGUCUGUGUCAUUCUUGCAGCUCAGCUCUACGGCUGGAAUAUCCAUGUCUGGGAUCUCAAGAAGUCUCAGGCGGAAAAUGGUCGAAAGGUUUCACUCGCGGCCCAGACACUCUUUCUGUUUUCCUCGGGCCUGGCAAAGAACUCCAUCCUCGUGUCAUAUCUCCGUAUUGCCCCGGCCAAAUCUUGGCUUCGUCGUUUGACUUAUGCCUCACUGAUUCUUGUCACCUCACUCAUCUUCAUUUUCCUUAUUGUUCUUUGGACACAAUGCAACCCAACCUCUGCAUACUGGAAGCUGGACGGAGGUGACAGCUGCCGUCCUGAAGGACCCAGUGUACUGAGCCAAGCCAUUACCACUGUCAUCACUGAUCUCCUUGUCUGCGCCCUUCCUCUACAAACACUCUUCCACCUAAAACUACCUUUCUCCCAGCGAAUGGCCCUCAUUGUCGUCUUCUCUCUCGGCCUCAUCGUUGUCUUCGCGGCCUCUAUGCGCGCAUACUAUACCCAUUAUGUUACCGACGAAACCUACGAUGUCACCUGGCAGGGCUUCCACCUUUGGAUCUGGACAGCCGUAGAGGCCAACCUUGGAGUUAUCUGCGGCAGCAUACCAGCACUUCGACCCCUAUUCCGAAACAUGUUCCGAUCCAAGAGCAGCAGCUACUACAACAAGACGAACUCUCACGCUUAUCCACCCGGCACAGCUCCAGGAGUUGUCACAGUCGUCACCAGCCCCAAGAAGAACUCGCGAAACUGGACCGAUAGUUUACAAAGAAGCUCCAAGGGGGUGAGGAUACAAGACGACCAUAUCGAUAUUGAAGGAGGAUACAACGAUGCUAGACGACAGAAGAGCUCAGAUAGCGGAGCGUCGUCACUCGAGAUGGACACGUGGCCACCAAGACCACAGCCUAGAUCUUGGCCUACAAAUUGA